AUGUCUAAUAGGGAAACGGAAAGCUUGUUACAUUCGGGGAGCAAUGAGACAAGGCAGUCGAUAUUCUCAAACAGCAGAGGCAUUCUAUGUGUCAUUGCAACACUUCUGGGAGCCCUCAUCGCUUCUGCCGACGAGUCGCUCAUGAUCACCAUGUAUACCAUCGUUGGCUCUGACUUGCGUCAGCUACAGGAGGCACCAUGGCUGCUAAUCAGCUACAAUCUGGGCUACUCGAUUGCCCUUCCAAUCUGCGGAAAGUUGGCUCAAAUUUAUGGCCGUAAGCGUCCGCUACUAUUCUGCUACGCCCUCUUCAUUAUUGGCAACUUAUGGGUUGGGCUUGCCGGAUCGCUCUGGUAUGCCAUCGCUGGUAGACUUGUUACCGGCCUUGGGGGCGCUGGACUCAUCGGACUGGUCUCCGUCAUCAUUACCGGCAAGUUUGACAGCCACCCCGGCAUAGCCCUUUUCCGGAGCUUCGUGACCGUCAUUACGACGGUCGGCCGAAGUGGUGGACCUGCACUGGGAGCCUGGUUGUCCGACCUCAUCGGUUGGCGAUGGUCUUUCCUCUCGCAGUGUCCAGUCAGCAUUGUCUGCGCUCUUCUCAUUGCAUUCAGCUUACCGUCCGACUUGGCCCAAUCCGAGAGGCCUGGCCAAGAGCGUAAAUCGGGUUUCGAAGCCAUUCGCCAGAUAGAUUUUGCAGGAGUCCUCACCUUCAUCGUUGCUGUGUCGGCCUUCGUUAUCUUCAUAGACCUGGGCGGUGAUCGGUUGGCCUGGACGCAUCCAGCUAUGAUCGGCUUAGCUGCGAUAUUCGUCUCCUUUUCCAUCACCUUCGUACUCGUCGAAAAGUUCUGGGCAACGAACCCCCUCACUCCCCUGUCGCUGCUGAUGCCAACGAGCGGUGGUGGCUUCUGCACCAUCCAAAUUUUUGUAUUCCUGGGAAGGCUUGCGACUAUAACAAACCUGACUCCAUUCUACAUCUACACACUAGGCGCCAGCAACACAAUGGCAGCAUUGUACAUGGUGCCUUCCAGUGUCGGAGCUGCCAGUGGAGGUUUGGCCUCUGGUAUCGUUUUCACAAGGUUCUAUCGCUACAGACUCCCCAGCUUAAUCUGCACUCUCGUGGCCAUUGCCAGCUACUCCGUCAUUGCCAUCCGCUGGAGUGACGGUCUGCAGAGUCCCCUGGAGCUUUCAUACAUCUUCAUCGUCGGCGUUUGCUUCGGCUGGACCCUAUCGGCCCAGUUUGUCGGCAUGUCCAUGUUCACACCAAAACGCUACGCAGCCGAGGGCAUCACGGCGUACUAUCUUUCCCAGCAACUCGGCAGUAUCCUCGGCACCAACUUGUCAACGAAGCUGCUGAGGAACUUGUUUCGACGCGGUCUCCGCGCGGCGUUGCCGCAGGAGGAAAACUUAGAUAGGGAUGCGAUGAUUGAGGACAUCAUUAAGGAUUCAAGGUUCUACCAGUGGCUUCCAGAGAGCACGAGAGCUGUGGUGCGACGAGAAUACCUCUCCGCCUUCAAGUCCAUUCCGCUCCUCUCUAUCGGUGCGAAUAUUGUAGCCACCGGAUUGAUGUUUCUUGUGCCCGAGACUGGGGACACCGAUGAUACAUGA